AUGAGAGAGACCUCCUACCUGCAGGCGUUGGAAGGGCAAGCGCCCACGGCCCCACCUGAGCUGGUGACCAAGAGCCCCCUGGACAGAGAGGAAAGGCACAAAGAGGGAGGACAGGAAGAUCCCCGAGUAGAACGCAAGGGUCCAUGCACCUCCCACAUGGAGAAGAGUCACCUGGACCUCCGGAGCCCCAACCUCAAGACAAAGACCUGGAGGCGGGCCCAGAGCAGAGCCAAGGUCUGGAGAGAUAAACUGGAGCAGGGGUCCGGCUGCCCGGAGCAUCCCAAUUGUCCCCCAAGUUCGGGUCCCGGGAGCCGGCGGACCCACGGCCCGCCCCGGCUGCAGGGCGGGCCGCCGCUGCCCCGCGCCCUCCUCCCCGCAGACCCACCGUGGCCGGUCUACCGGGACUGCGUGCUCCGCUGCGAGGAGCGGAACUGCUCCGGGGGCGCGCUGAGGCACUUCCGUUCCCGCCAGCCAAUCUACAUGAGCCUGGCAGGCUGGACCUGCCAAGAUGACUGUAAGUAUGAGUGUAUGUGGCUCACCGUCCACCUCUACCUUCAGGAGGGCCACAGAGUACCUCAGUUCCACGGCAAGUGGCCCUUCUCCCGGUUCCUGUUCUUCCAAGAGCCAGCUUCUGCCAUGGCCUCCUUCCUUAAUGGCAUGGCCAACCUGAUGAUGCUCUGCCGCUACCGCACCUCCGUGCCGGCCUCCUCGCCCAUGUACCACACCUGCGUGGCCUUCGCCUGGGUCUCCCUCAAUGCCUGGUUCUGGUCUACAGUCUUUCACACCAGGGACACCGACCUCACAGAGAAAAUGGACUACUUCUGUGCCUCCACCGUCAUCCUCCACUCCAUCUACCUGUGCUGCGUCAGGACUGUGGGGCUGCGGCGUCCAGCUGUCAUCAGCACCUUCAGGGCCCUCCUGCUGCUGCUGCUGACUGCACACAUCUCCUACCUGAGCCUCGUCCGCUUCGACUAUGGCUACAACCUAGCUGCCAACGUGGCGAUCGGUGUGGUGAACACAGUGUGGUGGCUGGCCUGGUGCCUGUGGAACCGCCGGCGGCUGCCACAUGUGCACAAGUGCGUGGCGGUGGUCCUGCUGUUGCAGGGACUGUCCCUGCUUGAGCUGCUGGACUUCCCGCCGCUCCUCUGGGUCCUGGAUGCGCAUGCCAUGUGGCACAUCAGUACCGUCCCUGUCCACGUGCUCUUUUUCAGCUUCCUGGAGGAGGACAGCCUGUACCUGCUGAAGGAGCCAGAGGCCAAGUUCAAGCUGGACUGAGGCCUGGGAGCAAGUCAUCCCACCCUGCCGGCCUCCCUCCCCCACCCAGCUCUGGAGAUGAUUGAUUGCCUCCUUUUAGCAAUUUGCACUUGGACAGGAGAAGCAUGCAUGCCCGGUGUCCACCCCAUUGCCUGGCCUGCCCGCAUGUGGCCGGACCGAUGUGGGAGUCCCGCCUCGGCUGGCCUCUCAGCACCUCAGUCUGCAAAGCAGUCUGGUUCCUGGAGGUGAACUAGGGGAGCUGAGUGUGCUGCACCCCACUGAGAGACUUCCCCUGCCUCCUCACCACACUGCCCCUCUGCCUGACGUUUUCCCCGAGCGACAGGUCUAGCUGAGAGACCAGGCACCUACCAUUUUACUUGGCAGACUGCUGGGUUGCCUUCUGAUCCUCCACCCCUUCCCCAGGGCACCGCUAGGUGGCAGUCAGUGUUCGAACUUGGGCUGCAGGUCAGGUCUCAGAGCUGUUUUCCCUUGGGACUCGGGCUAGGCCUUGGGAAGGUCCCAGGACUCCUGCCCCGGUGGCCCCUCCAGAGGCCUCACCACACUUCCACUUAGGGCCAGGGCCCCAAAGAUCUGAGUGGCAGCCCUCACAGCCUCUGUACUGUUGCCUGGAGUGGGGCCUGAGCUCUGUGGGUGUGGGUCACCCACAGGCACUAGCAUUUAGCACAUUACCGUCUUGUGCAGCCCACACCUCUGACGACUUCCAGAACACGUUUGUGAGUGGU